CACUAGUCCGCUGCGUCGCGUCACACCCGGAAGCAGCGGCUGGAGCGGAGCCGGCCACAAUGAGCGGGGAUGUAGGAUCGCCGUCCGCGGACCCCCAUCCCGAGGAGGUGCAACCUGGCAGUGGGGUCCACCUCGUAGUGGAGUUCUGUGAACCCUGCGGCUUUGAGGCGGCCUACCUGGAGCUGGAGAGUGCCGUGAAGGAGCAGUAUCCCGGAAUCGAGGUCGAGUCGCGCACGGGAGGCCCAGUGUCCUGCAGUAUCCGUCCGGCACAGAGUAAAAUGUCCAGACAACUUGACUCCCCUCCCAAAGGGGCCUUUGAGAUCCAGAUCAAUGGACAGCUGGUGUUCUCCAAGCUGGAGAAUGGGGGCUUCCCUUAUGAGAAAGACCUCAUUGAGGCCAUCCGAAGAGCCAUUAACGGAGAACCCCUAGAAAAGAUCACCAACAGCCGCCCUCCCUGCGUCAUCCUGUGACCACAUGGGAUUUUGAGUUCCUGCUCUGUUCUGGGAUCCAAGCCUUGGUCUCCCAUUUGGUCCUGCUGAGGGUUCCCCACUGCCUCUUACCCCUCACUUAGCCCUGGUGGUUAAGGGACCCUGGUCUCCACUUUGCCCCUUUGGGUGCCAGGAGAGAAUGGACGUUUCUGUUGAUCUGGAGGGUAGAAGAGGCCCUCCACUGACAUAACCACAGCCACCUUGUACCCCUUCCCGGGAUUAUCGUCCACAGAAGCCCGCUCCCCUCUCCAGCUCAGCCGUGCCUGUCAGAGGCCACUGGAGUUCUAAUUUAUUUUCUACUAGCCCCGGGUGAUGUCAGCUAUUGGCAAUAAAGUGGCACUACAAACA